AUGGAUUCCGUAGUUCUGCAGAUAUCGUUGCUGGUGUCGUUGACCGGUGGACUCUGGUACGCGCUCAACAAACAUGUUGGAAAGGCCCUGCCGCUUCCCCCCGGUCCUCCAGCAGACCCUCUAAUUGGGCAUCUUCGGCUGUUCCCCAAAGCCAAUCCGGAACUAGUUUUCCAUGAGUGGGCCAAGACAUACGGGGAUAUCGUCCAUUUGUCGUUCUUCGGACGCUCUGUCGUCGUCUUGAACAGCCUUGAGGCCGCGAUCGACUCGCUUGAGAAAAAGAGUGCUAUUUAUAGCGACAGGCCCGAUCUUGUCGUGUACGACCUGAUGGGCUGGACGCCAAAUCUUCCCUUCCUACCCUAUGGAGAGCGCUUCAAGAAGCACCGAGCAAUAUUUCACUCCCAUUUCAUACCCGAAGCCUGCGUUGACUACCAGCAUGUUCAACUCCAGAACGUUCAUCUUCUCGUUGAAGGGUUGAUGAAAAAUCAGGGGCACCACGAUCGCCUCCUUAGUAGGUUUACCACAUCCAUAGCAAUCAGAAUUGCGUAUGGCCAUCAGAUUCGCUCGGACGACGACGAGUACAUAAGUAUAGCCAAUGAUUGUGGUGUGGCCCUGCGACAAGGGGGAGCAGGAGGAACUUUAGUUGAUCUCUUCCCAAGCCUCCAAUACUUCCCAUCGUGGUUUCCUGGCACCUAUUUCGCCAACGUUGGCCGUGGUUGGAAGUGGGCCAUCAAUAAACUAUAUGAUUAUCCGUUCGACUCGGUGAGGAAAGAGAUGGCCGAAGGGAUUGCCCAACCCUCUUUCCUCGCUGCAGAACUCGAAGCUGCUGCUGGGCGUGAACUAUCCAAAGAAGAAGUGGAAGACAUCAAAGGCGUCGCUGGUGGCAUCUUUGCCGGUGGUACUGAAACGACUUGGUCCAGCCUCACUGUGUUCUUCCUCGCCAUGCUGCUAUACCCAGAGUGUCAGAAACGCGGCCAGGAAGAAGUAGAUCGCGUCGUUGGCAAGCACAGGCUCCCUUCAUUCGACGACAUCGAGUCGUUACCAUACGUCAACUGCGUGGUGCAAGAGAUUUUCAGAUGGAAGCCAGUCAUACCGCUAGGCAUCCCCCAUCGCUGUACCGAGGAUGACAACUACAGGGGUAUGCUCAUACCGAAAGGCUCCCUCGUAUUCGCUAAUGCAAGGGCGAUGGCUCUCGACCCAAGCACGUAUAAGGAUCCAUCUUUAUUCAACCCAGCCCGUUUCCUGCCUGAGACAGACGGCGGACGAGGAGAGCCCCUGUUCGAACCCGCCUUCGGGUUUGGUAGAAGAAUUUGUCCUGGCCGACAUCUCGCAAACGCCAGCGUCUUCAUCGCCGUUGCUACCAUCUUCGCGACACUGAACAUCUCCAAAGCGAAGGACGAGAACGGUUUAGAAAUUACGCCAAGUCUGGUAUUCGAGACGGGUCUCACCAGCCAUCCCAAACCAUUUCCAUGCAACGUCGUGUGCAGGUCGGAGGGCACAGCCAGGUUGAUCCAAGAGGCCGUUGAUACCAUUGACUAG